CAGUGUGUUCCUUUCCUCAGCCCUGGUGUGGAUGCCCCCGUCGCCUGGCCCGUGGAGACUCAGUUGCGUUUUAAUGGCGGCAGCAGCUGCUGGGUGAGCAGCUGGGGACUGUGCUACGCUCCCGGCAGGAGAGGAGAGGAGAGGAGAGGGAGCGCCCUCCUCCCCGGGCACCGCCGCUGCAUUGGUGGCCCUGCCUUUCCCUCGUUACCCCUCCGCUCUUGAAGAGAGAAGAUGCCACUGCCAUUCGGAUUGAAACUCAAACGCACCCGGCGCUACACGGUGUCCAGCAAGAGCUGCCUGGUUGCCCGGAUCCAGCUCCUCAAUAAUGAGUUUGUGGAGUUCACGCUGUCUGUGGAGAGCACAGGUCAGGAGAGCCUGGAGGCGGUGGCCCAAAGGCUGGAGCUGCGGGAGAUCACGUACUUCAGCCUCUGGUACUACAACAAGCAGAAUCAGCGCCGGUGGGUGGAUUUGGAAAAGCCUCUGAAGAAGCAGCUGGAUAAGUACGCCCUGGAGCCCACCGUCUCCUUCGGAGUGGUGUUCUACGUGCCUUCCGUGUCCCAGCUACAGCAGGAGGUCACCAGGUAUCAGUAUUAUCUGCAGCUGAAGAAAGAUAUCUUGGAAGGAAACAUUCCGUGUACAUUAGAACAAGCAAUUCAACUAGCAGGCUUGGCUGUUCAAGGUAAACUUGUGUACAUACUUACUGCCGUGUGUUUUCUUCAGGGCUGGCUACAGGAUGAAAAGGUAUUGGAAGAAGCAACCCAAAAAGUGGCCUUACUGCAUCAGAAGUACAGAGGGCUCUCAGCUCCUGAGGCGGAAAUGCUGUACAUGCAGGAGGUGGAGAGGAUGGAAGGCUACGGAGAAGAGAGCUACCCUGCGAAGGACAGCCAGGGCAGCGACAUUUCCAUCGGAGCCUGUCUGGAGGGCAUCUUUGUGAAACACAAGAACGGAAGGCCUCCUGUGAUAUUUCGGUGGCACGAUAUUGCUAACAUGUCCCACAAUAAGUCGUUCUUUGCCUUAGAGCUGGCGAGUAAAGAGGAGACCAUCCAGUUUCAAACGGAAGACAUGGAAACAGCAAAAUACAUGUGGAGACUCUGUGUGGCGAGGCACAAGUUUUACAGACUAAACCAGUGCAGCCUGCAAACGCCGACCGUCACCGUGAACCUGAUCAGGAGGAGGUCUUCUUCCAGGAUGUCUCUGCCUAAGCCUCAGCCCUAUGCGAUGCCCGCCCCACCCCCGCUGCAUUACAAUGGACAUUACACAGAACCCUACACUUCUUCUCAAGAUAACCUCUUUGUGACCAACCAGAAUGGAUACUACUGUCACUCUCAGACCAGCCUGGAUCGAGCCCAGAUCGACCUCAACGGUCGCAUCCGCAACGGCAGUGUCUACAGCGCGCACAGCACCAGCUCCUUGAACAACCCCCAGCCCUACCCGCAGCCCUCACCCAUGUCCUCCAACCCCAGCAUCACCGGGAGCGACGUCAUGAGGCCCGACUACGUCCCGUCUCACCGGCACAGCGCGCUGAUUCCCCCGUCCUACCGCCCGACCCCCGACUACGAGACGGUAAUGAAGCAGCUCAACCGGGGGAUGGCUCACGCGGAGCGGCAGAGCCACUCGCUGAGAAACCUCAACAUCGGCCACUCGUUCGCCUACAGCAGGCCCGACGCGCUGGUCUACAGCCAGCCCGAGAUCCGGGAGCACGCCCACUUCCCCUCUCCCCAGUCGGCCCACUACCCGUUCAGCCUGAACUACAGUUUCCACAGCCAGUCCCCGUACCCCUACCCCGCAGAGCGGCGGCCCGUGGUGGGCAUCACGCGGCGCGUCCACCACUCGGUCCAGACCUUCCAGGAGGACAGCCUGCCCGUGGCCCACUCCCUGCAGGAGGUCAGCGAGCCCCUCACUGCCGCGCGGCACGCUCACCUGCAGAAGAGGAACAGCAUCGAGCUCGCGGGGCUGACGCACAGCUUCGACGGCAUGAGGCUCAAGGACAGGACCAUGUCGGCCUCGGCCGCAGACGUGGCCCCGCGGGCCAGCUCCGCGGGCUCCCAGCCAAAUGUCUUCCCAGACAGGACGAGACGGGCAGAGACGGCCGAGCAGGAAGGCCUGAGAUACGGUCACAGCAAGUCCCUUUCCGAGGCCACUAUGCUGAUACACAGCAGCGACGAGGAGGAGGAGGAGGAGCCAGAGGAGGACAGCAGGGCACGGGCUGUGCUCUCCCCACGGGCACGUGAGCCCCGGGGCAGUUACUCCCAGGAGCCGCAGGCGGGCUGCUCCUGCGCCUCGGCCUCUGCAGGCGCGGGCCCCCUGCACAUCCACGAGCCCAAGGCCCAUGGAAUGAAAAAGAGCCGAGUAGAUGCAAAAAAAAUGGGUCCUCUCAAGCUGGCUGCCCUGAAUGGACUGUCGCUGUCUCGCCUGCCUCUGCCCGACGAGGGGAAGGACGUGUCAGCCAGAGCCACCAAUGAUGAGAGGUGUAAAAUUCUGGAACAGCGGUUGGAACAGGGAAUGGUGUUCACAGAAUAUGAAAGAAUCCUUAAAAAACGGCUCGUCGAUGGGGAGUGCUCAACGGCACGACUCCCGGAAAAUGCCGAAAGAAACCGAUUCCAGGACGUGCUUCCCUAUGACGAUGCCAGAGUGGAGUUGGUCCCAACCAAAGAGAACAACACCGGGUACAUCAACGCAUCCCAUAUUAAGGUCUCUGUCAGUGGGAUGGAAUGGGACUAUAUCGCCACGCAGGGCCCGCUGCAGAACACCUGUCAGGACUUUUGGCAGAUGGUGUGGGAGCAGGGAAUUGCCAUUAUAGCGAUGGUGACAGCAGAAGAGGAGGGCGGAAGGGAGAAGAGCUUUAGGUACUGGCCACGCCUUGGUUCCCGGCACAACACCGUCACCUACGGAAGGUUCAAGAUCACCACCCGGUUCCGCACAGACUCGGGGUGCUACGCCACCACCGGCCUGAAGAUGAAGCACCUGCUCACGGGGCAGGAGAGGACGGUCUGGCACCUGCAGUACACGGACUGGCCGGAGCACGGCUGCCCCGAGGACCUCAAGGGGUUUCUGUCAUAUCUUGAGGAGAUCCAGUCUGUCCGACGCCACACAAACAGCACGAGUGAACCCAAAGGCCCCAACCCCCCGCUGCUGGUCCACUGCAGUGCGGGGGUGGGGAGGACCGGCGUCGUCAUCUUGUCCGAGAUCAUGAUCGCCUGCCUGGAGCACAACGAGGUGCUCGACAUCCCACGGGUGCUGGACAAGCUGAGGCAGCAGAGAAUGAUGCUGGUGCAGACCCUGAUCCAGUACACGUUCGUGUACAGAGUUCUCAUCCAGUUCCUGAAAAGCUCCAGGCUCAUAUAAGCUCCCACGGCUGCCGAAGGGGACCCGCCCAUGUGAAGCGUUUACAGUCAGAACAGGGCCUGCCUGACUCACAUUCACCCCUCGACACUCGUCCACGCAGAAGGCUCACUGGGAAGUAAGGGCGGUGUGGAUGCCGGCACUGAGGGAGCGAGAAGGCUGCAGGGGACGUCACCUGGGACGAUGCCAGAGAUGGAGGACUUGGUGUCCAGGGUGUGGCCCUGCCCGGUCUGUCCGAUUUGCAGCACUUGCACACAUUUUUGGAGACUGUGUUUUCUAGACAAUUCUGUAUUUUACUGAAGCUAUGCUGGGCAACUCUGGCAAUCAUUAACAGGCAUAGAUUUUUAUCUUAAACAAGUUUUUGCUAAUGGAAUUUUAUUUCAUGACUAAAAUAUUUGGGGGUUUUCUUGUUGAGAAACUGAACUUUUCCGUGGAGAUGAUCCACAAAUAUGAGUGGUUCCUUUUUAACUUUGUAUUUAAAAACCAUGUUAUUAUCUUUUGAUAUUUUUAAAAAACCUUGGGUACUUAACAGUUUAGUUACCAAAUCCAAACUACAAGAAGGAUUUACAAGUGUUAUUUUGAAACAUGAAGAAAGCAUUAUUAUAUUCAGAAACAUUUUUUAUCCUAAAAAUUCAUAUAUUUUUUACCUUCUAUAUUUUCCAAAUCAGAGUUUGACUCAUUAAGGUACGGAAACGAAUCAGUUAAGGGAAAGCUGUGAAUGAAGGCACAUCAUUUUAAAAUGGAAGAGAACAAUCAGAUUCACUGUGUUUUUUUUUUCUCAGUAUUAUUCAUAAACCUAAAUGAGUUUGAUUUUAUUGGUUGAAAAUGAAGUGAAAUUGUGCAGGUUGGGUUUAAGCACUUUUUCUUGGUUAAAAACAAUAGACCUGAGUUAGACUACGUGUGCUGCUUUACAGAGGAAAUGCUAACACAAGCAGGGGACGUUGUUCUGAAGGAGUUUUGGAAGAGGUCAGGGGUGAGAGUAUGUAGAUGCCUGGGACAUGAGUACGUGUCGUGUCCGUGCAGGAUGGCAAAUGCAAGAUGCCUUUGUUUUUACAAAAACGCAGUAUUAUCUAUCCUCAGACUGAGGUGCUGGGAUGGAGAGGGGGAGCCCGGGAGUGUGGGGCUGACCCCCCAGAGAUGGGAAUCCCCAGGCAACUCCAGGCCUGUCAAUGUCAGAGAUCACUUGGGUUCCCUUGGAGUUCUUCCACUCCAACCUCUAUUCUUUUUUAACAAAUACAAUCCAGUUAAUAUUAUCAUGGAAAGGAGCCUUCAAGAAGCUUCCUUUUCUUUUGGUUGAAAGAAGAGUUAGUUAUAGUUUUACGUCAUCUCCCAAGACCGCAGCCCAAACUUGUGGGGCUAGCAGAGGUCACUUGGUGUUCAAGAGGUACUUGAGAUUUAGUGUCCCUGCCCCCUGACUUCACCCCUGAGGUCAAUUUUAGCCUCUUAGUUACUCCUCCCCCACCGCAGUGGGCAGAACAAGGCUGACCAGGGGGAGAGUGCCACCUUUGGCCCAGGCGGGGGUGGCCUGGUCACAGUGGGAGUUGAGCAGGUAAGGACUCAUUGGUACGGUCAGCUGAGGAGCCACCCCUUUCUUCCUUCUUCUGAGGCUGCUUCUCCAAAAUACAGUUUCCAAAUCGUUCAAUCUAGGGCUAUUUCCCCGAAAUUCAAUAUCCUAGGGGUGUUUCCAGUCCCGGUGUUAACUCCUAAAGCAGUUUAACUCACUAUUGUGACCGACCACUGAGUAUGUAUUAUCAGCUGUGGGACAGGUUUCCUUCAUACAGCGUGGACCUGCCUAACUCUGAGUUACCCAGAAAGCAACCAUGUAUGAGGAAAAUUCCGAAGACGUUAGUGGAAAGGAAUAUUGGAAGUGAGCACGUUUGUCACGUCGGAACAAAAUAUUAAUUUUAAAUCUGACAUUGUUUCUGAGAGUCCUGCUUGAAGAGCAGUAGACCUAAGGGUAAAUAUUCAGAAAGAAGAACGGACGAAACCUUUUUUUAUGGUGAUAUUUCCCACCUCCACACCAUGUAAAAGACAGGAGUGUUUCUGAUGAUGUUUUUUCUUCCAUGGUAGGUUUUUAAAAAAUGCUUUUCUGUCAGGUGGAAAUAUUUCAAAGUGUCUCACUGAUAAGAACAUAACGUAAGUCAAAAUCUGAAGAGUAAUAUAUGGUAUGUUUGUGUUCCUGUUGUCAUAAUUUGAGUAUAAGAAAGUAUGAGGGCCGAAUGGCAGUUCGAAUGUCACGCUUACGAUGUUGCAUGUUUGACAUAGCUUCUCAGACCAUGUAACCUUUUGUCCCAUUUGAAUUUUUAAAUUUUUCAUUAUAGUUAGUGAAUAUGAAAGUAUUUCUGAAUAAAAAUAAAUCUAAAUUAUA